AUGGGAAAUACUGAUUCAAAAGUUGAUUUUCGUGUAGCUGUUGUUCAAUUAACAUCUCGUAGUCAACAAAUUGAACCAAACGAUGAAUCAUUUUGGGAUCAAUUUUGGUCGGAUAAAAUUUCAAGUGUACAAGAUAUAUUUGCAUUAGUACCAGCUGCUGAAAUACGUGCAUUGCGUGAAGAAUUACCAUCAAAUUUAGCUACUCUAUGUAAUAAACUUGUUGAUCGUUUACAAUUAGCUGCAGAACAAUCAUGUCAAACCCAACGAGAUCAAACAGCUGCUAUUAAUUGUGUUCGAUUAUUAACUCGUUUAUUACCAUAUAUAUUUGAAGAACCUGAAUGGCGAGGCUUUUUUUGGUCUGACAUUCCGACAGGUCAACAACAAACAACAUCAAAUGGAGAAUAUGUUAGUAAACCACCAUUAGCUGAACGACUUCUUCAAACAUUAGCCGAUCUUUUAUUUUGUCCGGAUUUUACAGUUGCAUCAAAGAAAAAAAAAGGACCAGAAAAUCCAGAAGAUAUUCAUACUAUCGAUAGUUGUGAAUAUAUAUGGGAAGCUGGUGUUGGAUUUUCUCAAUCACCUGUUCAUGUACCAAGCAAUGAUAGAAAUCGAACAGAACUUCUAAAACUUUUACUAACAUGUUUUUCAGAAACAAUCUAUAUGACACCAACAGUCGAACUACAUUCUCAUCCAAAUAAAUGGUUAACUUAUUUUACAUCUGGUCAUAAUCGACAAACAUUACCUCUAUUUACUUCAUUAAUAAAUAUAGUAUUUUCCUAUGAUCCAGUUGGUUAUUUACCGUAUAAUUAUCUACUAUUUACUGACACACGUGAACCUCUAGUCGAAGUAGCUGCUCAAUUAUUAUGUAUAACGUUAGAUAAUAGUUCAUUUUCUUCGAAUGAUCAAGCCUCAUCACCAACAAGUAAAACAGUUUCAUCAUUACCAGGAGAUGACUGUCCAAAUUUAUUUAUUAAUUAUUUAUCACGUAUUCAUCGUGAUGAUGAUUUUAAUAUUUUAUUAAAAGGUUUUUGUCGUUUAUUAAAUAAUCCUCUUAUCCAAACAUAUUUACCUGGUUCAUGUAAAAAAAUUGGUUUUUAUCAAGAAUUACUUAUUUUAUUUUGGAAAUUUUGUGAUCGAAAUAAGAAAUUUUUAUAUUAUGUUUUAAAAUCUAGUGAAGUACUUGAUUUACUUGUACCUAUACUUUAUUUUCUUAAUGAUGCACGGUCGGAUACAUCAAAAAUUGGUUUAAUGCAUAUUGGUGUAUUUAUUUUACUUUUAUUAAGUGGGGAAAGAAAUUUUGGUGUCCGCUUAAAUAAACCUUAUGUAACACGAGUACCAAUGGAUAUACCUGUAUUUACAGGCACUCAUGCAGAUUUAUUAAUAAUUGUCUUUCAUAAAAUAAUUGUUUCAGCACAUCAACGUUUACAACCAUUAUAUGAUUGUUUAUUAACAAUAAUUGUGAAUAUUUCACCUUAUCUUAAAACUUUAUCAAUGGUUUCAAGCAAUAAAUUACUUCAUUUGCUUGAGGCAUUCAGUUCACCAUGGUUUUUAUUGGCUGCACCGGAUAACCAUCAUCUAGUUUUCUUUCUUCUCGAAGCUUUUAAUAAUCUUAUUCAAUAUCAAUUCGAUGGCAAUGCAAAUCUUGUUUAUACAAUAAUACGUAAAAGACAAGUAUUUUUUUCUUUAAGUAAUUUAGCUACCGAUACUCAAACAAUAGCAAAAUUAAGUACAAAAAAUUCUAAUGUACCAUCAACAUCAUCAAAAAAAAAUAUUGAUCAAUCUGCAAAUAAACAAACUGUUUUUCAAACAAAUUCAAAAUCAACGACGGAUGGUGAACCACAACUUAAUAAAGAAAUUUCACCACAAUCAAAUAUGAGUUCAACUGGAGUUAUAUCCAGUGCUAUGACGACAACACUUGCUGAAACACCAUCUAUUCACAAAAUGACUGAACGUACAUUAGCCGCUUCACCUAAUAUGGACAGUAAUCAACAUCAACGUUCUGGUACCAAUAAUGAAACAUCUCCAUCAUCGAGUCAACGUGCUUCGCCUUCACCACCAACUACGGUAUCUUCAAAUCAUUUUCAACAAACAGAUAAUAGUCUUUGGUCACCAACAUCUGAAUGGGUACAAUCAUGGAAAGGCAAAUUACCAUUACAAACAAUAAUGCGUCUUCUUCAAGUUCUUGUACCACAAGUUGAAAAAAUUUGUAUGGAUCGUGGUUUAACUGAUGAAAGUGAAAUAAUUAAAUUUUUACAACAUGGAACACUUGUUGGUUUAUUACCAGUGCCUCAUCCAAUAUUAAUUCGAAAAUAUCAACCAAAUUCUGGUACAGUUAUGUGGUUUCGUACAUAUAUGUGGGGUGUUAUUUAUCUCAGGAAUGUUGAUCCACCUAUUUGGUAUGAUACGGACGUUAAAUUAUUUGAAAUUCAACGUGUUUAA